AUGAAGAGUACUGCCAGGCCUUGGAGUGCAGCAGCAAAGCAAGGGAGUCAUGGGGUUGACAGAGGAAAAUUGCUUUCCAGCACCCCAACAGGAAUGAAAGCAUCCAAGUCCUCCACUUCACUUGCCUUUGAAUCUCGGCUCAGCAAGUUGAAGAGGGCGAGCAGCGAUGACAUGCUGACAAAACCCGGGGUGGUGGCGGCAGCUUCUGGAGUCUCCAGACUGAAGAAGACCAUCACAACAGGAGCCAUUUCGGAGCUCGCAGAGAGCCGGCUGAAGCCCAGCACGGGAACAGUUUCAGCUGCAAAGCGCACAGGGAUUCCAGCACCCCGGGAAAUAUCAUCAUCGGUGUCCAGAGAGAGGGCUGUACUGCGUGGUCCAGCCAAUACUAGGAAAACACAACCCAGCCCCACCUCUUCUGGUACACCAACUCCUACCAAACACGUGCGUCCCACCAGCAAGUCCAAGCAAGAGAAUGAAACUGGUGACAGGGCUGUUCUGGAAUCUCAGGUUAAGGAACUCCUGGCAGAAGCAAAGACAAAAGAUUCUGAAAUUACCAAACUCCGUUGUGAAUUGAAGAAAUGCAAAGAGAAAGCAUCACUGAAUAUUGAAGGAAUGGGAGCUUCCAACCAAAUUUUAGAAACAGUAUCACCUGUUGACAUAGAUCCAUUAAUACGGACCCUUCAGGAAAAAAACAGCACUUUUCAAAAAGAGCUCGCUAGCCUGGGAGAGGAAAACCGUGUCCUGAAAGAGAAAUUGCUUUACCUAGAGAACUCCCCUAUCUCGGACACAACAACAAGCAGUGGAGGUGACGGCAGCCUCCCAACCCCAACUACCCAAGAAUCCAGUUUUGGAAGCCCAUCAAAGAAUGUGUUGAGAGGUGAAAUGGAGGAGCAGAGGCAGCAGGUGAACGGGGCCGCGCUGCGCAAUUCCGCCUCUUCCAGCAGCGACGUGACUAAAGCUUCCUUGUCACCUGAUGUGUCUGAUUUUGAACACAUAGCAGAUGUACCUUCCAGGCCAACGUCCUCCAACAGCAACCACUUCAAAAGUUCCAAAUGCUCCACCACAGGAAGUUCUCCAAACAAUAUUAGUGACCUUUCUGUUGCAUCUCUUACAGAGAGAAUACAAAAGAUGGAGGAGAAUCACCACAGCACAGCAGAAGAAUUGCAGGCCACUUUGCAGGAGCUGUCAGAUCAACAGCAAAUGGUGCAGGAGCUGACAGCAGAAAAUGAGAAGCUAGUGGAAGAGAAAGCUCUCCUGGAGACUUCCUUUCGUCAACAUAGAGAUAGAGCUGAACAGCUGAGCCAAGAAAAUGAGAAGCUAAUGACUGUCCUCCAGGAGCGAUCCAAGAAUGAAGAAAGCAGAGCUCAGGAGGGGAAGGUGCUUGAACUGGAACAGAAAUGUGCAGAAGUUCUUGAAAAAGCACAAUUUGAAAGAGAGAAACUGCUCAAUAUUCAGCAACAGUUAACCAGCAGCCUACGGAGCUUGGAAAGGGAGCAUCAAGAUGCCCAGCAGGUGAUUAAAAGCUUGAGAGAAGAAAAUGAGAAGCUGCUUAAACUUCUGGAAGUGGAACAGCAGAACAGCAGCACAGUGACAAAAACUCUGGAGGACUGUAAAAUUGCCUUAGAAGGUCUAAAAAUUGAGAAUGGCUCUCUUAAAACCCAGUUAGAGAGUGAGAAACAAAAGGCUGCAGAAAUCAAUGCUAUGGGAUGUACUAGUGACAACUCCGAGGUGCAGGAGAUGCUCAAAGUAGCCCAUGCAGAAAAGGAUCAGUUGGAAGCAUCCUGCACUGAGCUGAAACAAGAGCUGCUGAAGGCAAACAGUGAGCUAAAGCACAUUCAGGGUCUGCUAUCUAAGGCUGAGCAUGAGUGUGGUCAGCUGAAGGAGGUGUGUGACAGGCAGGCUGAGCAGCUGAGCAGGACCAGCCAGAAGCUGCAGGAAAAAACAUCAGAGAAUGAAGCAGACAUCAAAAACCUGAAAGAGACUAUUUUUGAGUUGGAGGACCAGGUGGAGCAACAUCGUGCAAUAAAACUUCACAAUAACCAGCUCAUCAGUGACCUAGAAAGUAAAGCAAUGAAGCUGGAAGAACAAAAACAAGAUGCAGAGAGGCAGCUGAAGGCUCUGACUAAGCAAAUGAAGGAAGAUGCAGAAGAGUGGAGACGUUUUCAAGCUGAUCUCCAGACUGCAGUGGUUGUAGCCAAUGACAUUAAGUGUGAAGCCCAGCAGGAGCUCCGGUUGGUAAAGAGGAAGCUUCAGGAGGAAGAGGAGAAGAGUGCUAGACUGCAGAAGGAGUUGGAUGAAGUGAAGGGCAGCAACAGGUUGGUUACUUACAAAGUAGCCCCUUGGCCCCUGUCUGAAGAGGUGGAAUCUCUAGAGGCUGAUACAACCAACCGCUGGCAGGGAGUCUGCAUCAGCAGAGCAUCUCCCACACCAUCAGAAUCUGCAGCCACUGUGAAAUCACUGAUCAAAUCCUUUGACUUAGGAUGCUCAGGUAGCACUGGACAAAAUAUCACAGUUCACAAAGUCCCCAGGAGCCCUCUAAGUGGAAUUCCAGUGAGGACAGCCCCAGCAGCUGCUGUUUCCCCCAUGCAGAGGCAUUCUGUUUAUAAUAAUGCCAAGCCAGCUAGUAAAGGUGUUGGGAGACAUGCAGAUCUUUCAGACCUUCCUCUUGCAGACCUUUUGAAGGGGAGAAACGAGGAGCUGAAACCAGAUCAUUACCUCCGUAAAAGCCCCUCCCUGGAAUCCCUGAGCAAACCCCCAAUGGCCUUCAGCAGCAGAAUGCUUACCUCUACCCCCAGCAGCUUGAAACCCCAAAGUAAACUCAGUGUGGAGAGAAAGGACCCACUGGCAGCCCUGGCUCGGGAGUAUGGGGGUUCGAAGAGGAAUGCUCUCUUGAAAUGGUGCCAAAAGAAGACUGAAGGUUACCAGAACAUUGAUAUUACCAACUUCAGCAGCAGCUGGAGUGAUGGUCUGGCCUUCUGUGCCCUCCUGCACACCUAUUUGCCUGCACAUAUUCCUUACCAGGAGCUCAACAGUCAGGAUAAAAAGAGAAACCUGCUGUUAGCAUUUCAAGCUGCUGAAAGUGUAGGCAUCAAACCCAGCCUGGAGCUCAGUGAGAUGAUGUACACGGACCGGCCAGACUGGCAGAGUGUGAUGCAGUAUGUUGCCCAGAUUUACAAGUACUUUGAGACCUGAGAUGCAGAACAAGAGGUGGACAGAAGUGGGGAAGAGAACAAAGAAUGCUACAGAUGCACUCGAUCACUUUAAAAAGCCACUUGCUCCUCUUUCACAGCCAACUUAAGUCCUUUGUUGGAAAGAAAGCUCUUCCAUCAUGUUGAUUGCAUCUGGGACUGCAACCAAAUAAAUAUCCCUUGUCCAUCUAUACAAACCAAAUUCAUCUGUAAUUUUAUUCCCAUGUGGAAAUUGCAAAGCAUUUUCGAACAUGCGUGGGAUAUUUCUGA